AUGUCGGCAGCCGCAUCUUUUGAAAAAGUAUUGAAAGCCAACCCGAAUAAUUAUGAAACAUUGAAAAUCCUCGGCAGUUUGUAUGCUCAAUCAAACAAAGCUGAUCGGCGAACCCAGGCAAAGCAGCUAUUCAAGCAGGUAACGGUGACCGAUCAGCAGCCAGACGACGUAGAGGCUUGGAUCGAGUAUGCUCAAUUACUGGAGAAUGACGUGAACGGAGCUCUCGAGGCCUAUCUUAAAGCUUUGGCCAUUCUGGAGCAGAUCCAGUUGGAUGUCUCACCUGAACUGCUGAAUAAUGUAGCUGCUCUAUACUUCAUUAAGACAGACUAUCCGAAUUCUCAGGUGAGAUAUUUGUACUUCACAUAUUUCUCAAUUAUUCGUCAUUUCGAAUGUUUUUUUCUAACUGGACGAUGCCUCGGUUUUAAAGAAUUUCAUUCAUCAAAGGGCAUAUAA